AUGCUUGAUUCCGCCCGACUAAAACGAGUGCAGUUUUUCUAUUUUACUUAUUUUGUGAUGAUUUAUACAUAUUGGCAAAGAAGAAUGGCUUCCUCGAGAAAACCUCUUAAUGAAGAAGAACUAGGACGAUAUGCAGAAGAUAUAAUGAGUGAAAGUAGUGAUGACUGUAUUCAGGAUCCAAAUUUUAAAUUAACAGAUAGCGAAAAUGAAAGUGAAUUUUUUGAUUGA